AUCAGAUUGGCGCUAAUUUUUUUUAAAGGUCGGAAGAUUUAGAUAACUAGUGCUAAACAGGUUUUGAGUGUGAGUUAAUUAGCAUAAAUAAAAUGAAUUUUAAGUGGCACAUUAUUACAAGAUUGCCUAUUAUGUUAAGUAGUCGAUUAAUCACUCUACCUAAAUAUAAAAUAAAAAUGUGUUCUGGAUAUUCAUUCUUUUCUGCUCAAUCAUCGUUUGGUCAAAAUAAUGUCAUAGACGAUGUACAACUUCGAUCUACAAAUCAAGUAUCUACCACAGAAACAGAUGAUGUUCGCAGAGCUCGUUUAUUAUAUCAAAGUAGAAAGCGUGGGAAUUUGGAAAAUGGAAUUCUGUUAAGUACAUUUGCUGCUAAAUACCUGAAUUCAAUGACUCAUGAACAACUGAUUGCGUAUGAUAGUUUGAUCAAUCUACCAGACAAUGAAUGGGAUAUUUACUAUUGGAUUACAAAUGAUGGCGGUUGAUUGGAUGGUGGUGGCGGUAGCGGUAAUGUUAGUGAUGAUGAGUUUGAUGAUGAUUUUCUGUUCAAACAAUGAUAAGAAUGGUUCGAACCGAUUGUUUCGUCAGAUGAUUUCUAAAUUUUGUUUUUAUUUCCAGUUCGAUGCAGGUGAAAAUGAAAUUUAAUUUAAUGAUAGAAUAAACAAUGUACAAUUAAACGUUAAAACUGAAAAAAAUAAUCAAUCCAACUAAAACUAAUCAAAUAUCGAAAAUAAUCCAUUGUGUCAUUGAAAAUGAAUUGAAACAAUUCAGUGAAGAAAAUGUUCUCGACAAUAUCAUUUACUUAAGCUGUACAAUUGUAUGCAAUGCAAGUUUACAAAUAAAAUAAUCUAUUGAAAUAUAGGAGGAAGAUUACAUCAUGUGAUAUGUCAAAGAAAAAUUGCUUAAUAAUCAUGAAUUGAAGAAAGAUGAUGGGAUGAGAUCAAAUAUUAGUAAUGUAACUGUUCACUUAACGAGUAUAAGGGUGAAGAAUAAAUUAAAAACGUGAAAAUGAUAAUCUUGUGGAGUAAAUUACAUAGGCCGCACAAAGUGAGCGCUUUCCAAGCGCAUCUCUCGUGGCUAUUGAAACACAAAUGAAAAUACCACCUUAUAUUUCCGCGAAAAAUUCAAAUAUCUUGCAUAAUGAGCAGUUUACAUCAAUGCAUCUAGACAUUUGGAGAAGAAAUUCUGACAGUUCAAUUCUUUCUGGAAGUUUGUGUUGAUGAUGUUAGCUGAAAAAAUUGUCCAUCAAAGUUACACGACUAAAU